CCGACAUCGACUUACCAAAAGUCCUCUAUCAGUAGCUAGUUAUUGCUGCACUGGUCAUUGGAUUAGUCAUCCAUUAAUUGCGGUUCAUCCCGACCAGAGCGAUCUUUCCAUACACAAGCACAAGCAUGCGCUAGUUACUCCCUAGCCAUGUUGUUUUUGAUGUCUUUGACUGAGGGUGACCUUGUUACAUUUAAUUCUCAAUCCUCGGGCUAUCCCCAUCACCAAUGACUCGCUCCUCUGGCUGAUGUAUAAUGCACCCAUCCCUCAAUAUUCAUGUUCUUGACAACGCUACUGCAGCAGACUAAAACUCCUGUGGUAGACCAACACUUUCAGGAUCAUCAAUAGAAGCAAGCCACAUCAAAUAUUCUAUUACUGGGUUGCACAUAACUCAAAGAGUGUGGAUAUUAUAAAAACAUUGUGCUGGCAUGGAAUUUGAGUCCUCUACCCCUGAGCGGCCCGCUAAGCGAGUGCGACAAGCCUGUGAACCAUGCAGACGGAAAAAGGCAAAAUGUCCAGGGGAACAACCUAGCUGCUCUCUGUGUGCGCGAUUGAAUCAAACAUGUACCUAUGCUGGAGAGCAACGAAGGUCAUUGACAAAUGGCUCUCAUCCUCCAGGAGGACCGGUCUCUGGCAUAUCCUCCUCGGAGACUAGGAUUUCUCAGAUAUUAGAAGAUCGCCUUGGAAGCUGGGAAGCCAAGAUGAGCGAGUUUCUCGAUGCCCUUGGGCGAGAUGCACCGAGUCGCACUCAACAGACAGUACCACUAACUAGGCCACUUGGUCUGGCCAAUGCCUCGAAUACAUCGCCGCUGAAUUCACUCACACCGUUACCUCGAUGGGAAAAGGUAUUAUCUAUAGCAGAACUGUAUCUGCUUUACUGCGACUCUCAACCUCUCCCACUUUUUCAGAGGGAGAGUUUCUUAAGAAGCCUGCCAACUCGUGAUCCAGAAAUCAUCUAUGCCAUAAUGGCCUUGAGUGUACGGUUUUCGGAUGACGAGGCCGCACGCCCCGAAGAACUCCCAACUCUCAUCAACGGCUAUACUGAAGUUGCACGAGGCCUGGUGAUGAAAAGGGUUUCUGAAGGCCCGGUUGAGCUCUCGACCCUUCAGAGCCUGUGCCUACUCAGUUUAGUUGACUUUACCAAUGGCAAUACACAUCGCUCUAGUAUUCAUUGCAGCUUGGCAAUGAACCUGGCACAGUGUGCUAACUUGGGCUCCGAAUCGCAAUCAUUACAAUCCUCUCUAGCUCGGGAAGAACGCAGGCGUUGCUUCUGGAGCAUAUGUUUGCUAAAACGUCUCCAUGGUGUUGAUGUCGACAAUUUGGACUUUCCAGAGGGAAGCUUUCCCCAUUUCCCCGCAAGCCCAAAUAGGCCUCCGCCACCUAACUCACUAAGUGAUGCGGUCGAUGAAACCAGAUCAUCAGGAAUGCAGGACCAGGGUAUUCUCGCAUACAUGAUCAUGCUCAGUGGCGUGUUUGCAAAGACUGCGAAGUAUGUCCGGCGUCAUGGAAAGCCUGGGAAGCUGCCUCCUUGGUCGUCAGAAUCAGAUUAUUCUGAAAUCUUGGCUGCUCAAAUGGACCUCGAGACUCAGAUGCCUUACAGCCACAGAUUCAAACCAGCUAGUCUCAGUGAAAGAACACUUGAAGAACUUCAAGCUAGAAGAGACUACUGGGGCCCCUGGCUAUUGAACCAAUUCUUGUACCACACAAUUCUGUGUCUGGUCAACCACCCGCUUCUUCUUUCACUCAGUCUCAGAAAUUUCCGAAGUACCAUUCCCGAGAUAUUUCUCCAGCAUAGCUCGGACCUCAUUUCAUCACAUACAACUUGGAUCAUACACUUCAUCAACUUCUUCGAAGAGAAAGGCUUUACAAUCUCGGAUCCGUUCCUUGGGUAUAGCGCCGCGGUGGUAGCAACAAUUGAACUGCAGCUUAGCUUCACCGAGAAUGCUGCCAUUCGUGAUGAAAAGCGGGAACGGUUCUACAGGUGUGUUAGAUUUGUGCAAAGUCUAGGUCAGAAAUGGCCUCACAUGGCGCGAUUGGCGGACAGGCUACAUAAGCUGGAAUAUGCGGUGUCUGCAUCCUACCAACCAGCGUCGGGAUCACAGAAUAAGUAUCUACUCAUUGAUCUGUCCCGGUUCUGGGAGAUCCUUGAAUACUCCUCCAAUAGUGACACCGACUCGGCUCGCCGUAUGUUUGGCGACUCUUUGUACUCCGAACCUCCUACGAUCGCGGCUGAAGUAUCGCAAACAUCGCCCUUGCCUGAACCUUUCCGUCUACAUUCCCAUCACACCUCAGCCUCAUCACCAGGCUCGCAGCUCAAUCUUCAUACACCGCUCCUGGCAGGUGGACAGUAUUCAAUGGGGUCUAUGGGCUCGCCCCAGGCCCCGGAUCCAUUGGAUGAUGAGUUCUCAAUCUUGGCAGCGAAUUUUUUUUCCCAAGCCCAAGACUUCUUGCCGAGGGGUGAUUGCAGAGAUACUUUCGGCCAUCUCUGAUACCUAGUUCCACACCAAGGAUAUUAGUUGCAUUCGUGGAUGAUGGCAAGGAGAAAGGUGCGCUUAAUAUUGCCCGCUAGCUAUCUGUAGAAAGUCGAAAUUCCAAUGCUUGGGGUCUACGAACCGUUGAGCAUGCAAGACAUGGGGCGCACGCUCUGAGAGGCUUGGAAUUGAAUUUUAUAUACAUUAUCAUGAAGUUUGUACACUCGUCUAUAUCGACUUGGUCCCUUUCCGCUACUGGUC